AUGUCGCUCGUACGAAAUUUGUGGACCAAGAAACCCUACGAGAUGAGGGUCUUAAAGCGACCCCCCGUACGGGGCUGUUCCAUCGAGAUUCCUGAUGUCGAUGAGCAAAAGCCUCAACCGCAACCACAACCGCUCAGGCUCUCUCGGUUCGAUAGAGUUACUCGUCUGCUCUGGGACUUGGUUCUUGCUAUUAUAGCCUCUCUCUUCACAGUGUUCGGUAUAUGGGUUGCUUGUAUCGACGGGAAAGCGGCAGGCCCGGAAUCGAUAGGCUCCAAACUAUUUGAAACUUCUCAAUACGCGCCCACUGUAUUCCCAGUCCUUUUCGCUGCCAUUGCCGGCAGCAGCAUUAAAAGCAUUGCAUCAUGGCGCAUCCAGACCACUAGAGGAGCGACCAUUGGGCUAGUAGAGCAAUGUCUCGGCAGUCAGACUAUCUCAGGAGCUUUUCUCACCCAGAUCAGACUGCGUGCUGUCAACUUUGUCGCCGUCUUUACCAUCUUGCUGUGGUGCCUGUCUCCGUUAGGCAGUCAAGCAUCUCUCCGGGUAAUUUCCAUCGUUCCGAGUUACCCAGGUAAACCGGUCGAGUUGACCAGUUUCAACACAUUCACUCCGUACCAGUACGGCUACAACCAAGCGGCAACUCAGGCCAUAACAUCCGUCGCUAACCCCAUGACCGCUUCCAUUUCCGCGGCCUCGCUACUUUCAACCCGAAACCAAGACCUCUGGGGCAACAUCCGGUUUCCUGUGAUCGAGAACCUCGAGAAAAACAGUACAGGUUGGAUGAAGGUACCUAAAAGCGACAACUUGACGUACGCAUCUCUCGUCGGCGUGCCGGUGAUUGACUUACCCAGCUCUGGCAACACAUCCUUUACUCUUCCGGGCUCAUAUUUAUCCAUCUCUUGUCCCGUGUUCGACACAAUACACACUCUGAAUUUGACCAAUUUCACCGGACCAGAUGCUCCAUCUCCCGGCAAUGGCGACGAUUGCAGCUGGACAAGCGCCUGGGGUGGGCAUCAGUUCCAGAUCGCCCUCUCGGAACCAUGUUCGAACUCGCUUAAUGCAUCAAUGACAAAGACUCGGAACGCCCGCAAGUUGAUAUGGGAAUCAUGGGAUCGUGGUUAUGCAGGGCCUGAAUAUCAUCGAUCCCCCAUCACGCGAGCCAUAUGCGACAUCAGGACAACCUACGUCGAUGCCAAUGUGACAUGCGAGAGCUUAGACGAUAAUCAGUCUGCGAGCACUUGCAACCUACGCUAUGCUCGUCGCUCGAUGGAUACAUCCCAUUUCCACAAGAAUUGGACUAUCUUCGAUGUAAACUUGCCAGGAGAUCAUCUGCUACCGAAAGGCUAUAACAAUGGGCUCUUUGAGCUCCUCACUACCAUGUUUCCACACAUGGACCAGAACGGUGGUCUCCAGCCCUUGGUUGGAUAUUUUAUUGAUCCUUUUCACGCUGUUGGAAACUUUUUCGGCGAGAAUCUUAUGUCUCCUCAGAGCACAACUACGAACGUAUUUGAAACUCGUCUGUCACAGCUUUUCAAUUCUGUCCUGUAUCUUGGAAUCAGCCCAUCCGCAUUCACGGGCUCUGUCAACAUGACGCAGAUCACAAGCAAAGAAAGCACAAUCACGGAUACCCCGUUCAAAUUGACUGCCGAAAAUACCCAUCUGCAAGAUAUUGUUAGGUGUAACCGUCCAUGGCUUGGCGUGCUCAUUGUUUCAUCGGUCGUUAUCUUCUGCUUUGCAUUAGUGGGCGCCUAUCUGCACAUCUUAACGAUCGCCCCCGAUCACUUAGGAUCUAUCUCCGUUGCCCUGUUGCAAAAUAAGACCGAGGGAAUUGUUGGGUCUUCUACAUGGUCUUCAGAUGAAUGGUCAAAGAAUAUGCGAGACAAGAAAAUAUGGCUUGGGGAUGUUCGGCCUGAAGCUGACGUUGGGUGUAUUGCCUUGACCACUGCGGCACAAGAUAUUCCCCCUGGUGCGAUAAAGGGAAGACUUUAUCAUUGA